AUGCUCUUUAUUCUAGGAAUAUCGUGCAUUAUUGCCCUGGUUGUCGCUUCGGGUCUGACUCGCAGACGUGUCUACCCUAUGCCUCUCCCACCUGGCCCUCAUCCCUUACCAUUUUGGGGUAACGCGCUGCAAUUAGACGCUAAACGUCCUUGGCUCACCUAUACUGCGUGGGGAAAGACAUAUGGAAAAAUCAUACGCUCCCGCUUAUUUGGGAUUGACUUCAUCAUCAUAAACUCCGAAACCAUCGCGCAGGAGUUGCUGGAAAAGCGUUCUGCGAAUUACUCUACUCGCCCCAUUCUUCGCACCAACGAAUUGGCUGGACUGGCUUACAAUACUGUAAUGCUUCCGUAUGGGGAGACUUUACGACAACAUCGCAAGAUUUUUCACCAAGUCCUCAGAGCCGAGCUGUCGGCCUCAUACCACGAAAUAUACUCUCGCCAUGCAAAUGGACUAGUCAUCAAUCUCUUAAGUGCCACUAGUGACUUACUGCAGAAACACACUGAAGCAUACUCAGGAUCCCUAAUCAUGGCCGUGACAUACGGACAUCUUGCUCAAGGACAGAUCUCAUUUCUUACCCGCGCGUACGAACUCCUCAAUAUUGGCAAACGGGUCAUUACUCCCGAGAAUGCUGCUAUGUUCACAGCCUUUCCUUUCCUCGAAAAACUACCGUUUUGGUGCCUCGGUGGAGCAUUUGCCCUGAUGGGACGCAGUAGAGAACUAUGUCAACAGCUUUUGAAUGAGCCCUUCGAUGAAGUGAAGGCACAGAUAGCUGAUGGUACUGCUUCACAUUCAUUGGUCACUGACUUUCUCAGUCAACCUCAUGACGACGCUGACGAAGACAAGAUGAAGGCUGUUGUGUUGACGGGAUACGUAGGCAAGACUGGCAUGGAAACUCUUGCGUCCACAGUACAGAUAUUUCUGCUAGCUAUGGUGCUCUAUCCUGACGUCCAAGCCCGUGCUCGUGCGGAAAUAGACCAAGCUGUAGGGCAUGAUAGAAUGCCGUGCCUUGAUGAUAGGGCGUCACUGCCCUACCUCGAUGCCAUUCUUUACGAAGUCCUGAGAUGGUAUCCUCCCGUCCCCCUAGGAAUUUCACAUGCGACAUUAGAUGAUGAUGUUUAUGACGGGCACUUUAUACCCAAAGGUGCGACAGUAAUGGUUAAUCAGUGGGCAUUGUCUCGGGAUGAAGACGUAUUUCCCGAUGCAUCACGCUUUGAUCCUAACCGCCAUCUAACCAUUGACGGGAAGCUGAAGAAUCCUUUCGUCAACCAUUUUGCCUUUGGUCAUGGCAGGCGUAUUUGUCCUGGUCGUUGGUUUGCGGAUAAUAGUCUGUGGACUGCAGCAGUUACUAUACUCGCCGUCUUGCGCAUAGAUCAUGCCAAAGACUCAAACGGAGAUAGGAUUGAGGUGAAACCGGAAUUCACCCCCGGCUUGACGAUUGCUCGUUUGAAAGCGUGAACACAGCGAGAGAAAGACACAUCCGAGCGAUGAUGAAUUCGGAGUAGACUUGAGAUAUGAUAGCACACGAUUGUACAGAUCUCGCAGAGAUGGCAGGUUUCUCGGUCUCUCUCUCUGAUGAACAAGAGAAAUCGCUUUCGAAUACGUCGACUUCAGAAACUGGAUCCAUUUUGUAAUGUCGGUCUUAUUAUCAGUCGCACUCGUACUAUGGCAUCCACAAGGACGUUGGGUUUUGCAACUGCAGCACGAUCUAUAAAACCUGCUUUAAAGUGUUAUAGUCAUACGGACUGACGCUUGAACACCCGUGUACUAUGCUUGCGGGAG